UACACACUACUGCCCACAAACUUGACUAAAACUUGUGUAUGGCAGCUCGGUUAUUAGCAUAUGAGGUAUCCGAUCUUUGCCUUGGCAAACCUGCCCUCACCUCCCUCCCUAUCUCCGCCUCCAUCCACCACGCCUUAAACGCCCUCAAAUCGUCUAACGACACCCACAUCAGCAUUUGGAACUGUGACCACAACCAGUCGGACACCACAAACGACGACCAACAACUCAUCGACGAGUGUCGCUGUGUUGGAAAAAUCUGCAUGGCUGAUAUCAUUUGUUAUCUUUGCAAAGAUGACAACAUAUCAUUUCCUUCUACCGCACUCAAAUCCCCUGUUUCGGUUUUGAUGUCACAUGUUAACGUUCCUUCCGUCGUGAAACAUGUGGAACCGUCCUUUAGUUUGCUUGAAGCUAUUGAUCUUAUUAUUAUUGAUGGAGCUCAAAAUCUUGUGGUGCCAAUAAAAAAUAAGACAAGUAAGAGAAAACAACUUCGACAAUACCCAACAAUCGCCCCGACCACCCAUGAUGGUGGUAGGGAAUAUUGUUGGGUCACGCAAGAGGACGUGAUCAGGUUCCUUCUUAGCUCAAUUGUUUUAUUCUCACCAACGGCGGCUUACUCUAUCGAGUCACUUGGUAUCAUCACAGCAGAGAUCCUCACAAUCAACUACCAUUCUCCUGCAUCAAAAGCAGCGGAUGCCAUUUCAAGCUCUCUAGCUGACCAAACUUCUGUUGCGGUUGUGGAUGAUGAUGGUGUGUUAAUAGGUGAAAUCUCGCCUUUCACACUUAAUCAUUGUGACGAAAUGGUCGCGGCUGCGAUCACAACACUCUCCGCCGGUGAUCUUAUGGCCUACAUAGAUUGCGGUGGCCCACCCGAAGAUAUACUUCAGGUGGUGGAGACUAGGUUGAAAGAAAGGAACCUGGAUGGAAUGCUCGAUUAUUUGAAGAGCAUUCUAUACCAUGACACCAAUUCAUCUUCUUCGGAAGAUGAAUUGUCAUCCUCCCCGACCUCUACUGGGCCAGGGAGGUACAAAAGGUCAAACAGCUACUCUGCCCGAAUAAUGAGGAGGGCAGAGGCUAUAUUCUGUUACCCAAGUAGCUCAUUGGUCGCCGUGAUGAUUCAAGCAAUCACCCAUCGCUUAAGUUACGUGUGGGUGAUUGAAGAUGAUUGUAGUUUGGUCGGAAUAGUCAGAUUUUCAGGCAUGUUGGAAGUUUUUCGGGAACAUUUAGAGAGCAUGAUAAACUAAAGUGAAUAUGAGGACUUAUUUGCUAAUUAAGAGAAACAUGAAGGGAAUAUUUCGUAAA